UAAACCAGACACAGCGACGAGCACUCUUUCUUAAGAGAUCAACGGUUGCACACAUUCGUCAUAAUCGUAUGAUAUUUCGUUCUAGAAGCUACUGUGGCCUUACGUGCUGUCCUUUUGUAAUUUUAAAGGCUUUGAGAGGAAACACAGUGUUCUGAGUGGAAGUACGCAAAGAGAGACACAUCAGACUAAAGGGAGUUGCUAUGGAGAAGCCAGUUUUACAAACGCAGCCCUCUAUGCUGCCCUUCUUUGACACGGCCCAUGCCGUCAACUUGCUCCGCGGUAUCCACGAGCUCCGCGCUGAGCGUAAAUUCUUUGAUGUCACAUUGUGUGCUGAGGGCAAAGAGUUCCACUGUCAUCGAACUGUGCUAGCAGCUGCCAGCACCUACUUUCGCGCUAUGUUUACCGGUACCCUGCGAGAAAGUCUAAUGGACCAUGUAGUACUGUAUGAGGUAUCAGCCGAACUCUUGGGCCUUCUUGUGGACUUUUGCUACACAGGCCGCGUCACUGUCACACACGACAACGUGGAUCUCCUACUCAAGACAGCGGACCUCUUCCAAUUCCCUUCUGUCAAAGAGGCAUGCUGUGCUUUCCUGGAACAGAGGCUUGAUGUCUCCAACUGCUUGGAGAUCCAGGACUUUGCAGAGGCUUAUGCCUGCCGUGAGUUAGCCGCAAAUGCUCGCCGUUUUGUACUCAAGAACAUUAUGGAGCUGGCGAAGAGCAUGGACUUUGAAAGGCUGUCUUGGAAGCGACUACUGGAGUUUGUUUCUGAUGAUGGCCUGUGUGUGGAUAAGGAAGAAACAGCAUACCAGAUUGCCGUGCGCUGGGUCAAAGCUGACUUGCAGCACCGCUUGCAUUACUGGCCUGAGCUGCUGCAGCAGGUACGCCUCCCGUUUGUUCGACGUUUCUACCUUCUGGCCCACGUGGAGAGUGAUCCACUGGUCUACUUGUCACCGGCAUGUUUACGGUUGGUCAGUGAGGCACGUAGCUUUCAGUCAUAUGAAUAUGACCGCCAUGACCAACCCGGGCAUCGAAUGCGCCCCCGUCCGUCCACUGGCCUGGCUGAAAUUCUGGUGGUGGUGGGAGGAUGUGAUCAGGACUGUGAUGAGCUUGUUACUGUGGAUUGCUACAACCCUCAAACUGGACAGUGGAGAUACUUAGCUGAAUUUCCAGACCACCUCGGAGGUGGCUACAGCAUAGCAGCCCUGGGCAAUGACAUUUACGUGACAGGUGGCUCUGAUGGAUCACGUCUGUAUAAUUGUGUUUGGCGCUACAACUCCAGUGUGAAUGAGUGGACAGAAGUCUCCCCCAUGCUGAAAGCCCGAGAGUACCACAGCUCUUGUGUUCUGAAGGGCCAGCUCUAUGUGGUUGCCUUGGACAGCACUGAACGCUAUGACCAUACCCUUGACUGCUGGGAGGCCCUUCCACCCAUGCUGCAUCCCAUGGAUAACUGUUCUACCACGGCAUGCAGGGGGCGGCUCUAUGCCAUUGGCUCUUUAACUGGAGAGGACAUGAUGGCUAUUCAAUGCUACGAUGCAGACAGCAAUCGCUGGACCCUAGUGAACAGUGGAGAGUUGCCUCCAUGGUCCUUUGCCCCCAAAUCAGUGACUUUAAACAGCUUGAUCUACUUCGUAAGGGACGAUUCAGCAGAGGUUGAUGUCUACAACCCACAGAAAAACGAAUGGGACAAGAUUAGUCCCAUGAUGCAAGUUCAUGUUGGAGGCAGUGUGGCAGCUCUGGGUGGUCGACUCUAUGUGUCCGGUGGUUAUGACAACACAUUUGAGUUGUCCGACGUGGUUGAAGUCUAUGAUCCUACUUCUCGAUCUUGGACCCUGGCCGGCCGCCUGCCCCAGCCCACCUUCUGGCAUGGAAGUGUUAGCAUAUUUCGACAGUUCAUGCCCCUGGUCUCUAGCACCUUCGAACCCAUUGACAUACCUGAGGCAAAUGCCAUCCACCUCCACAGACACCACCGCAACCAGGCACUUUACAACCACAACAAUGUCAAUCAGAACCACAACCAAGAUGUCAAUCAAGUGCAUUAAGGUCUUUUAAAUCCACAAGACUGAAGUUUUCUUGGACAUUUGCAAAUGGUCAUUCAUGUGACAUUGCUACUAGGUGUUUUGCACUUUAUCACAUAUUCACCUCAACUUGGCAUUAAAGGGAGCUGGUGAAUAGACAAUCAAUGUUUGCAUUAUUUCACCUUUAAAUGUUGCAUGCGGUUCUAAUGCUGGAUGUGUUUACUAUGAACAUGGGCUUAAAAUCAAAGAUUAAAUUGACUUUUUAUGAACGAGUGCCUGCAAGAGUGUUUGGCAAACUUCAAGCAAUCCAUACCUUGAAAAUAUAUGGAAGUUCCACUUAUAUUAUUACAUUGUGUUACCAGUAUAUACCUUUUAAAGUAAUUCAGAACAUUGUGACUUCAAGUCCACAUCACAAAUUACACGUAAAUUUGCACUUAUAAAAAAUUUCAUUUUGAGAGCCCAAUCAUUCCACAAGGUAAGUGUUUGGAUCUACUUAACUGUAGAUGCAUCUUUGUUGUGUGAUUGGGAUUUCAGUGUUCUGCAAUGUGGAAAAGAGAUGGCUGUUUACAUAAGCAGAGAAGAGUCUGAAAUGAAUAUUUUGCAGAAUCCAAGGCUUUCCAAAAACAGGAUACACUUUGAUAAAAAAUGGAAAAACUGGGCCAUAGUAUAACAUGUUUUUUAUGUUCAUCUGGCUUAAAUUGCAUUUGUCAGAAAAUAUACAGUAGCAUGCAUGUUCUCACAUUUUCUGUGAAUUUGUGUCAGACUCUCUGAAAUACUCUCAUAUUUUAAUAGUAAAUUAAGUUUAUUUAUGAAUAUGUAGUCGUGUUUUUUUAGGGAAGAUUUUUGAGGAACAGCUGUUUGUAUUAAGCUGUUUGCUGAAGACAUGAAGAAUGACAAGAAAGUAUGUGAAGCUAUUGUUAUUGUAAAAGUUUGUAUGUAAAAUUGCAUUAGGAUGCUGUACUAAUAACUGGAAGCAGUAAUUCAGUAUCUCCAUAUCCUUGUUUAAAUGUGUGUGUUUGAUAAUACCAGUACUUAUGAAACUGAUUAUUUACAGAACGCUGAAGUGGUACUUUUAUUUUUCUUAAAGACUGUUUAGUUUGCUUUGUGGCCAAAAUCAUUUUAACAAUAUGGAUUAGACGUUUUGAUUUGUGUCAUAAUGUUUGUUAUUGUGGUCAACAAAUAAAUGACAGGCAGUG